GGUGAUUGGCUGGCCGUAUCUCUCCCAGACGCCUCACUUCCCAGUUCAUCAACAAAGGUGACACAUCCAACCUUUUGUUAUUUUUUACAUGCGCGCCAUACUCCAUACUUGCUUUUCUUCAAAGUUUUGACAUCUAUUGCGUGUGACCAUAUUGUGAGCCAAGAUGACGGUAGCACAGUUCUUUGGGUGUGCGUUAAUAGCCUUUGGACCUCCCAUAUCCAUGUUUGCUCUCACAAUAGCUAAGGACCCCAUCAGAACUAUUAUGUUGGUUGCCAGUUCUUUCUUCUGGCUCCUGGCAUUGCUGUUUUCAUCCAUCUUGUACGCUGUCACCCAGCUACAGGACACCCUCAUCUUUGGAGUUGUCUUCUCUGUCUUAUUUCAGGAACUGUUUAGGUUUUUAUGGUUCUUGCUCAUCCAAAAGGCAGAGGGAGGGCUAAGGAAGGUGAGCGAUGGUAACUUACAGAUUGUGGAGAACAAGAAUAUACUGGCCUACGUAUCUGGACUUGGUUUUGGCAUGAUUUCUGGUGCAUUCUCUCUGGUGAAUGUUUUGGCUGACAUGACAGGACCAGGAACUAUAGGGAUGAAAGGCGAUCCCUACAAUUUUUUUAUUGCAUCGGCUGUCACCAGUUUGGCAUUCAUUAUGCUCCAUGUGUUCUGGGGUAUCCUGUUUGUCAAUGCCAUCCACCGCCGUGCAUACCUUCAACUGGCUUAUGUGAUUCUCUGUCACAUGUUGGCAUCAUGCAUUACUUUGAUAAAUCCCUUGUAUUCAGUGACCAUCCCAACGGUGUGGAUUCUUACAAUCCUCUCAGGAGUAUUGGCCUUUAUUGUGGCUGGAGGCUCACACAGAACCAUCAAAGCUGCCAUAGGUGGGCACCCGAGAGUCUUGCAAGUGACCACCAGUGAUGGCAAUACUACUGCAACAGUAAAUGAGGGAUGAAUGUGAAAUAUUUCACUUUGAGUGUGUUUCUGCUACAUUUAUAAUUACUAGGAGGCUCAAGUAAUUAGCUUGCUCUAAUGGACAUUCCAGUCAGUUAAUGACAAAGAGCUUACUCAGUGUAUAUGCAGUGGGACUUAGCUGGUACAGGGCCCAAACACCUAUUUAAGUGUAAGUGCAUUGAACAGUUACAGGGGCCAUUUCAGUAGCUAAUGUUAAUGAUGGAAAAAUAAAUGAUAUUAUUAGAGACAUUUUUAGAUCAAAGAAUAUGAAUAAAGAUUGUGAUUUUCUAGUAACUUUUUUCCACCAAUAUUCUACAAACCUGCUCUUAUUACAGUAUGUAGAUUUAGUUUAGGUUACAUUAGAUUGAUUAAGAUUAGGUCAGGUUAUUAUGCAGGAGAAUGGUACAGUACUAUAUAUGAGAAACCCUUCUUCACGGAACCCUUUCUCAUCACAGUGUUACAAACUUGUAAUUUAAUACUCCUUCCCUGUUCUGCCUAAUUUCUUACUUUGCCUUACCUGCUUAGGUGUACACAUAUACCUGUAGUCAUCUUUAUCUUUUGCUUAUUUCAUCAAAUGAGUUUCUUAAAAGUACCCAAAAUCUUUUUCAUUAUCCUAUUUCGAGCUUUGUUUACUCUUCAGAUGCCCCAUGCACAUCUCUCAAAAUCCGUUAAAAAUUUUGCACUUUAAUAACAAGUAGGUCUCUCUCUACUUACUCUCUCUGAAAAUUUCUGGUUUGUCUGCUUAUUAGACCUUAUCUGUAAUUAAAUAUUCGUUAGCAUAAAAUGUGGUGACCAUUUUGAACAUCUAUGGUUGGUGGUAAAUUUUAGUAGUUUAAAUUGUUUGAAUUUAUUGUUGAGGAAUUAUCUGUACCAUCCUUGUUCAUCAACCUGACAGAGUGUAACUUCAGUAUUACAUAGCACAUACUGUGCUGAUAUGGCACUAAGUUCUAUUUUGCAGUAAAACUCGUUGCUGAUACCAAGAUGCCAGUACGGUAACUAUCACAAGUGCCAAAGUAGAAUUUGUGAGUCAUCUUUUGUUCGAUAGUUUUCCCAUCAUUAUGUAUUUAGUAUAAUCAACAGUUACUCAGUUACACAGUAAAAUUUGACAACAGUGGUGUUGAUGGAAUGUAAGAAAAUCAGUCGAGUCUGAAACAUGAUGUUUUUCUAUUUUUUCAUUAGAUAAUUCUUGUAAGUGACAAAUCCAGGGCAGGAUUUGACUCUUGACUCAUCUGUAUCAGUGCAAAAUUACUGGAGCAGAAUAUAAAAAUCUCCUUUUUUCUCUCGAUGUUUUUCAGGAAAUGCACUUCCUGAUUUCAUAUUCACUCCCUAGUAUAACUUGCAACAUUUCAGAACAAAUGUGAAGAGAUAACUAACAAUCUGCAGGAUUCAGUAGUACGUAAUUUUUAUCUACUGUUUGUUAUUUCCAUAUCUUUCUUGGUCAGCCUUCUCAGGCUUGUGUCUGAAUGGGGGUUCACUGCUUGUAUGAUUUCUUAAAAAAAAAAAAAGUAAACAGCAAGGUCAUGAAGCAAUGAUGUUAGUAGUUCCUCAUCACUUCAGGUGUACCUUGGCAUGAUUAUGGCAACUGUCCAUUGUAAGAUUGACAAAGUAUGCAAGUGUUUAACAAGGAUUUUAAAACCUUAUAGCCAGUGUAAGUGGCAGUUGAGUAGAAAAACUGGAUGAUAAGGUUUAGAUGCACCUUUUUGUACCUCAAAUUUAAAGGUGUAUGUGUGUUUGUAUGUAUUUGUAUCUAUAUUUAUAUGUAUCUACAAUUGCAGGCAAAAUUCCCUGGACACUUGGCAGUAUGUGGCAUGUAAAUACUGUACUUGAGGAUCAUUAGGUGAGAGGGGAUUGGAAAUUUAACCUGCUUUCUCAGAUUUUUCUUUGUAUUUAGUAGUGUUUUUUCAUUUUGUGUUUAUGACAUACUACUGUAUGUGAUCAAAAACAGCAUUAUUAGAUAUAAACCAAUCAUAUACAGUACGAGUAUACUGUACCCAUUAUGAACCAGUAAUAGUUGCCAGGUACUCUACAAUAUUGCCAAGUGUUCAUGAAAUUUUGUCCACAACUUAACAUAUGGAUAAAGUUGUAUUUAGUUAUAUCUCUUUCUGUUUGCUUAUAUAUAUAUAUAUAUAUAUAUAUAUAUAUAUAUAUAUAUAUAUAUAUAUAUAUAUAUAUAUAUAUAUAUAUAUAUAUAUAUAUAUAUAUAUAUAUAUAUAUAUAUAUAUAUAUAUAUUUGUGUAUGUAUGUAUAUUGUAUAAAGAUACUUUAUUUAAAUUUCCUCUAUAAUAGUUUGGAAUAGGAAAACUUUGGUUGAAAUAUCAUAUGGAUUCUGUAUACUGUACCAUCAACAGUUGUUGCAAGAAAUAAAACAUAACUCAUUUUUGUUUAUGCUAAUUCAGUAACUGGAAAAUUCUUUAAUGCAUUGCUAAUAUCAAAAGCUCAUUAAUUAAUUGCUAAUAAUACCAUGCUAAUAUAGGUAAAAAGUCAUAUGGGAGUAUUUUUUAAGCUAAACAGUCUGUGUUGCUCAUUUUAUAAGCACAAACAACAUAGUCAGUCAAAUUUAUGUACCGUGUUGAUAAUCUUUCCCUAUGUUGAUUCUGAUAAGUCAGUCAAAUUUAAGUACCUGUACCAUGUUGAUAAUCUUUCCCUAUGUUGAUUCUGAUAUUUAAUAAAGACGUUUGCUGUACUAUACUGUACCUGUAUUGUGCAUUUGUCACAGAAAAGAGAAUAAUUUGUUUAAGGUUUAAAAGGUCUUGUGAAAUUACAGUACACUGAAGACUAAGGUGAUUUGUUUGUUUUGUCGCAUUUAUUUGCAUAAUGUGUGAAAUCUGUAAUGCCUUUCCUUCAUCUUUACCAUACAGGUAUAAAGAAAAUUAAAAUUUUCAUUUUAGAAACUGAUCUAUAUUGUACUGCAAGUUUUUCAGUUAUUAUUAGUGUGUUUUAAUUCUAUAGUAUACCCAGAAAGUCAUUAACAGUUAAAGGUUGCUGUAAUAGUUUGUAAUUUAAAAUAUAAUGCCGUGCCUUGAACCAAGAGCCAUUGGAAUUUAUUUGCACCUCCAUGACAAACAAUUGAGAGAAAUGCAUAAUUAAAAAUAUUCAAGAACUUUAUUCCUGCUGCACAAGAUACUGUAUAGUAUUGUUUACUUAUUUACUUUACUUGAAAUUCCACUACAUUAUUCUGUUAUAAACAACAAGAAUUUGUGCUUGUGUACCCAAGUCUGGAUGUCCCACUGUACUUUAGUUGAUCUGGUCAUGUAAUUAUGAGAAUUACAACUCGUACCCUAUUAGUUUUCAGUGAUUGUUAAACAUAUAAGUAUUGUACAGUGAAUUGUAAUGAAUGUAUAACUGGUUUAAAGUAAA